UGUAUUUUUAUCUGCUCUCGUUCAACACAUAUAACUUGGUUGUCCGCAUAUUUUGCGGUGCGAGGCAAUUUUAUUUCAACGUUAAUCCCGCGAGUUAGAUAAUUUUCAUUUAUGAAACUGUUUUAUAUAAUGUUUUGUGAAUAGUUUGUAGUGAAUAUAUGCAUUCGAUUAUUUUUGCAGUUUUCAUAAAAUUUUUAAUAUUUUACUAAUAGAAAUUGUGCACGAAAGUUGAUGCUUUUUAAAAUAGUGAAAAUACGUUCAACCUGAUUAUUUACUACAAAACGUAAGCAAAACAAAGGCAGUUCGUUGGAAAAAAACAGUUCCAGCUGCUGGUAAUCAAUAAAUCCUUCCUGAUAUAUCUUAGCGGUCGGUGUGCAACAAUGGAAGUUGAUAUUUCUAGCGAGGCCAGUGCUGUUCUUCCACCAGGAUCAUGUCCGGCAAAAGCAAAAAAUUUCCUUUCUAACCACUGGAAAGGUCUAGUGGUAUUCCUUGUUCCUUUGUUGUGCUUACCUGUGAUGCUACAAAACAACACUCCAGCGUACCGUUGCAUGUAUUUGUUGCUUGUAAUGGCAAUAUACUGGGUAACUGAAGCAUUGCCUCUCUAUGUCACCUCUAUGAUUCCUAUUGUUGCUUUUCCUGUAAUGGGUAUAAUGAGUUCGGACGUAACUUGCAGAUUGUACUUUAAAGACACAUUAGUUAUGUUUAUCGGUGGCAUUAUGGUUGCGUUAGCGAUAGAGUAUUGCAAUUUACACAAGCGUUUGGCAUUGAGGGUUAUACAAAUUGUGGGUUGCAGCCCCCGUCGCCUUCAUUUUGGUUUAAUUUUCGUCACCAUGUUGUUGUCCAUGUGGAUAUCUAAUGCGGCAUGCACUGCUAUGAUGUGUCCUAUUAUUCAAGCUGUUUUAGAGGAAUUACAGCAGCAAGGAUUGUGUAAAAUGACUAGAGAACAAAAGUAUCAAAUUGUGGGAAAGAAAAAUGGAGAAGAAGAGGCACCUUAUCCCUCUAAAGUAACUCUUUGUUACUUCUUAGGUAUUGCGUAUGCAUCAUCAAUGGGGGGAUGCGGAACAGUAAUUGGUACAGCUACAAAUUUGACAUUCAAGGGAAUUUACGAAAGCCGUUUUCCUACUUCUACUGAAAGUUUGGAUUUUCCAACUUUUAUGUUUUACUCUGUGCCAUCAAUGUUGGUAUAUACUGGACUCAUGUUUUUGUAUUUGCAAUGGCAUUAUAUGGGGUUGUUUCGACCAAAAAGCAAAGAAGCAGAGGAAGUAAGACUUGGGAAUGAUGGAGCAGCAGUAGCUAAAAAAGUCAUUGAUCAACGUUAUAAGGAAUUAGGACCAAUGAGCGCACAUGAAAUUCAAGUUAUGAUUUUGUUCAUCAUAAUGGUUGUAAUGUACUUCACUCGAAAACCUGGCAUUUUUAAUGGUUGGGGCGACUGGCUAAAUGCGGUAGACAUUCGAAAUUCUAUGCCAACAAUUUUUGUUGUUGUGAUGUGCUUUGUGUUGCCAGCAAAUUAUGCCUUUUUAAGGUAUUGCACAGGAAGAGGUCCACUCCCUACAUCUACAACGCCAUCAUUAAUCACAUGGAAAUUUAUACAAUCCAAAGUGCCUUGGGGUCUUAUUUUUUUGUUAGGUGGCGGUUUUGCAUUAGCCGAAGGCAGUAAAGUAAGUGGAAUGGCCACCCUAAUUGGAAAUGCACUUGUUGGACUUAAAUCACUUCACCAUGCUAUUCUGCUACUUGUUGUUAUUAUUGUCGCUGUUGUAUUAACAGCAUUUAGUUCAAAUGUUGCCAUAGCAAAUAUUAUUGUACCUGUAUUAGCUGAAAUGUCUCUGGCAAUUCAAAUUCAUCCAUUGUACUUAAUUCUACCAGCUGGUUUAGCUUGUAGUAUGGCUUUCCACCUUCCGGUGAGUACACCCCCGAAUGCACUUGUAGCUGGAUAUGCGAAUAUUAGGACAAAGGAUAUGGCUAUUGCCGGAAUCGGACCCACGAUUAUAAGCGUUGUUGUACUAUUCAUAUUCUGCCAAACAUGGGGCUUGGUUGUUUACCAGAAUUUAAAUACUUUUCCGGAUUGGGCACAGGUGCUUGUCAAUGCUACACUUAAAUCUACUAAUGCAACAAAUAUUUAGAGUAUCUUGAAAAAUCAUUAAAUCGAGUAUGCAUUAAAAGAAGAUAUUUUACCAUAUAGAUAUAU